AAUUCGGAAACAAGCUUUUAAACGUUUUAGUAAACGCGAUGUAAACAUUUUGAGUGUACCGCCCAAGUUUGCGUCCAUCUCUUCCCCGCGCAUCAAACCAACGAACGGGUGCUACGCAAGUUGUUCUUCACCUAGAAGUUUCGGUGUUUAGUUCGGACGAGGUUUUUCUAGGAAAAAUCGAUUCAAUGAACGCGUUUUCCCUGGCAAAGUGUUCCGCUCGAAAUCGGUAGUGCACAUUCGGUGGAAAAUAUCCGGAAAUCCGAGCAAACGGUAAAUCUGUGUAUGUGGCACCACUGGUCGUACAACGGCGACGACGACGUAGUCACACGAGAUUGAUUGGUCGCGCGUGUGUGUGUUGGUGAACGAACGGCUUCAGCAAAGCGGAACUGUCAAAACAACCCGCAGCAGACGGGGCUGCGGAUGUGGAUGUGUGCGUGCUGGUGAUCGCCAGACGGGCGGAAGAAGAAGAGCCCGCAGCAGAGGCGAUUAUCGCGACAAAAACAAGAAAAAUACAAAAUUCAACACACGGUUGCACGGUUGGAUUUGGAUGACGGAUGGUCGACGGAUUGUGUUGUGUGCGGGAACGGAAGGAAUAGCAGGAGGAAAAACGGAAAAUAUUGCACGACGACGGCGACGUCUACGAAGAAGGUGCUGUGGAAAAGAUCAUUUUCUUGCAAUGGAUUGUUCUUUGAUUCGGGCGAAGAUUAUUCGGUGAUUUAGUUAGUGGCGGAAAUCGGACGAACCGGAGUAGCGAUUUUGCGAAUUUUGGGAUAAUUGUGAAGUAGACGACUCCGAUGGAGAACGAUUGAAAAAACAACAUUGUAAAUAUGGUCAUUAUGCUAAUCAGGAGGAUCACAGCGCUGAGUGAUAAUUGAUUAGAGUUGUAGCUGCCCUUCCCGUCAUCGUCGAAAUGGAGAGUAUGAUUUACUUGAAGAAAAAGUUCGACGGAAACCCCAGGACAAUGUCUGCUGUUUGGUCUUGAUGGCAAACUUUCCUCAGUGACCGCAAACUGUCCGCUGGCUGGUGGUUAAGUGAUAACGCGUAAAGAUUUGUGCAAAUCUGGUCUCGUCGGGCUUGAUGAUAAAUUAGCCUAGUGGUGCUACGUUCUGAAACAGAGGAGAUAGAUAAUUGGCAGCCAUAUUUAAGUUUUGCUGCAUUGAGUUGUUCGGUUUGUGGUAACUGUUUUUUUUUCGCGAACGUGUAAAUUGCUAAAGAUAAAGGUGUACUGAUCGACAGAUAGUUGCCUAAUCGGUGCGAUACUCCGAUCGAAGGAAUCGUCCUGAAGGUUGAACUCGGACGGAGUGCAGCCAAAUUGUUCUAGUAAAAGAAGAUAAUAGUGAAGUGCAGUUUCAAUCUAAGGACACGGAAUCAAACGGGUUUGGCAAAGGCGAUUAACUUCCCAUGUCUUUGGUGACCGCAUCCACCGCAACAAAUCAGCACCCUAAAAACUGAAGAGGACUAACAAAUCGAAAACACUAGCUCAAGUUGUUCUUGCAAAAUCCUUACAUCCUCGCACAAUAACUGCUGAUAUAAUCUUGUCACGGUGGCACUCGCGGAAUCACCAUUGCCCAAAUGAGUGACAGACGCCGUUCCCGUGCCGGUGGAGGAGGUGAAGGUGCGUCAAUCAAGAUGGAGCACUUCCAAGCCGCACUGGAUCCUCGUAAGCAGGAGCUACUCGAAGCUCGUUUCCUGGGAGCAAGGGUAUGUACGAAGUUCGAAUCUGUGCUUAUUCCGUGGUACAGUCAGGUUUUUUUUUUACGCGGGGGAUACGUACCGCGUAAAAAUAAAACUCAGUUCAAAAUUGAAAAAACCGCGUAAAAAAAGUCUCACCAUUUCUCGACGAAUCAUGCAAAAAUAAGACGAUGAUUUUUUUUUGUAUGGAGUUUUCAUUUACGCGGCCGCGUAAAUGAAAACCGCGUAAAAAAAGACCUGACUGUAUGUUUUAUAUUGUUUUACAAAUUAGUUCUAUAGAUUUGUAUUUCAAUUUUUUUUAUCCUGUUUUAUAGAUUAUCGUUAUUUUCGAGGUUUGCAUACCCAAGUAACAUUUUAAGUCAAAUAGGCUGGAAUAAGUUCUUAGAAUCUUCAUAAAACUAAAAUAAAAGGUAUAAUGUUUUGUGACGGUUUUCGAAACCUCUACAAGACUAAUUGGUCAUCAAAGUGAAUGCGCUGUAUUUCUUGAUGGUAGAUGACGAAGUUCCAAUUAUUGUCCAAUUAACAUUAGCAAAAAAAAUCGUCCUUUUCGUCACCGAAGUAAAUUUUCUCAAGAAAGGUCAUCAUCUAUCAUAAUGCAAGCAUCUCAGAACAAACCAAACGUAGAAAUGUGCUUCCAAUGGUGACGCGACGAUGGCGAUGAUGAUGGUUACGAGAAGCAUCAUGACGGUGCUUUCCCCGUGAUACAUACUUCGAACUACAUAGUUACUUGUAAGGCAUCUCUUCCGGUAUCGUCAUCGUCAUUCGUAGCAUCGCGGCGUCGUUGGUUUCUCGGUGAUAAGCAGCUUUCUUUACCGCUUACCGAAAAGUUGUCUAAACUUGCAAGAAAACACUAAAGUGUAUAUAGAUGACCUUCCACUCCAGGAGAGGGUUGUAUGCGUUUGGUGAUGGUGUCAACUUUUUACCGUAGUCGCUUAUUCAAACUACGAAGCAUGUAUUGUGAAGAAUAUUGAUCGUUAAAGGAUUAUGUUCUUUAAAAGAGGUGUUGUAAUUAAAUUACUAUCGCACAUCAAAGAAAUCUUAAAUGGUUAUUACACACUUGCACUACUUGAUAAACGGUAAUUUUAAAACAAAUAUUCAAAAACGUUGUCAUUGCGUGAAAAUACAAAAAAAAAAAUCCAUGAUGUUUUUUGUGUUUCAAUAUACUAUUCAAGGUAUGGUUUUUGUAUGGUUGAGUAUUACCAUAUCAAUAAGGUAUAUGUAUUUGUUUUAAUACACAAUUACCAUACGAUUUAUCGUAUUUAAUAAUAUUGACUUUUUGUCUAUGAAUUUUGGCCAUCAUAACCAUAUUGAACUUAUGUUUGCUUCUUUCUUACUUAAGUAAAAUUUAAUACAUUAAACUAUCAUAACUUAUAUACUCUUUAGAUGAAUAAAUCCCACAAUCCCAUUAAAGUUUUCCUUGUGAACACAGUUCCCAUUUUCCUUUGUAAUCUUUGAGCCUUCAUGCUUUUCGUCCUUCUGUGUAUGUAUAUCAAUAGUACAUUAUUCCCGGAACUGGAAGGUAGUUGGAAAUUGGAUGCGCGAAAAAGAAAAACAGAAGCACAAAAAACUCGCUAACGACAGUCAAAAGCACUUCCAUUGGUACCUCUGGCACCGCACUGGAAGAAGCUCUCUCGGAAAAUCCGCUUUUGGACGCGCUCCGAAGGCUAGCUCUCCAGCAAGCGCACCCAACAACUUCGCCAACAGUUUAUAUAUUAUUUAUAGAAAUAAAUAUGCUUCCCUGGUUUUUUUUUUGCUAGUGCAUUUCUCCUUCCAUCAUUCGCUAGGAGAACGUUUUCGGUGACUCCACUUCAUUCGUGGACCCCUUUGCUUCGUUCUUGGGAAACAAAAAAAAAAAUACGGCAUGUAUUUUGUUCCCGGAGAACAUCCAAAUACUGCUAAGUAACCAUCACAUAUUUGGUAAUAUUGUAUUAAAUGUAUACAAUUGGUCGUUUUGAAAAUCUUAGAACAAGAAGGUCAAGAUCAGCAAAACAAAUAAAAUUAAACAAUAAGAACUACAAUACUACAUACAAUUAUAAUACAGGUUAUAUUUCAUAGAAUAGUUCCCAGUGCGGAAGAGUUCGCUUCUCAGCUUUGGGUUUUUUGAGCAUUACACAGUUACUGGCAAACAUGAAAUUCAUUGUUCACAACAAGAUUUAACUGUUAAAUUAUUAAGUUAUUAUAAUUCAAGGAUAUAUAUCAUAUAAUAUUUCGCCUACUUCUAAUUAUAUUGUGAAAUCUUUUUUACCAUAUAUUGUAUGGUGUGCAACUUUUUGUCGUAUAAUAAUUUUAUGGUUCUUUAUCAAACAAAAAUGUUAUCACAAUAUUCUUCAAUGCAUUGUAUUUCGCUAUAACUUUCAAUACAGAAAUAAAAAUCACGUUCUGAUUGUCAGUCGGUGUUUUGAAUGCUUCCACACUGGCUUUAAAUUUAAGUACCUUUAGAAAGGCUUUCACCUGUUCCAUUACUCCCAUCUUUACCUCUUGCGUUUUCUCUUUGUUCUACCAACCAACCAAAAACGCAACCAUGAUCCAACCGAAGGGGAAUGGAAAUCGGGUGGGACAGAUGGACAGCGUUGGGUGGUGGUUGGGCUGGAUUGAAAUCUGCCCGGUUGCUCGUUUGUUCCGUUAUAGGUUCACAAUUUUCCUUUUUAUUUUUGGAGAGGAAACGAAUUAGACCAAAUUAUUGAUUUUUUUUUUCGGGCCACACGCGAACUUUUUGCCUUUCGCAUCAGGUCGCGGUUGAUUCUUCCGGGAAAUGGGAAAUCCUGAAAAUUGUGGCAGGGUUGAAGUAAGGUUUAGCGGAAAUUUGUUUUAUGCCUGGUUAUUUAAGCUAGGUGUUUCAAUUUUCACGGUUUGCCGAACGUUGAUUAGGUAGGCAUCUGAACUGAAAAAAAUGGUUAAUUAAUUAAUAAUCAUAAUUUAACAUUUUUCAAUUCCUCCUGGUAUACUCUUUGAAAUUCUUUUAAAGAAUUCUCGUUGGACUUUUCUCUAUAUUCUUCUAGUAUCCUCCUUAGAAUCCUUCUAGUAUGCGACUCACCAUGUUGGAUUUUCCUCGGGAUUCUUGUCAGAAUCCUCUCGGGUUUCGAAUCAGAAUCCAUCAGGAUUUUUUCUCUCAGAGUUAUCUCGUGAUUCUCCUCAGAAUCUUCACGAGAUUCUUCUCAGAAUCCUAUCAGGAUUCCACUCGGAGUCCCCCGGGUUUCUCCUCAGAAACCUCUCUCAGAAUUCUCCUCAGAAUCCUUCCGGAUUUUUCCGCAGAAUCCUUCCGGAUUUUUCCGCAGAAUCCUUCCGGGAUUCCCCUCAGAAUCCUUCCGGGGUUCUCCUCAGAAUCCUUCUGGGAUUGUUCACAGAAUCCCUCUUCUCAAAAUCCUUCCGGGAUUCUCCUCAGAAUCCGUAUGGGAUUCUCCUCAGAACCCUUCCGCGAUUCUCCCCAGAAUCCUCCCGGGAUUCUCCUCAGAAUCCUUCUGGGAUUGUUCUCAGAAUCCCUCCGGGAUUCUUCUCAAAAUCCUUCCGGGAUUCUCCCAAGAAUCCUUCCGGGAUUCUCCUCAGAAUCCGUACGGGAUUCUCCUCAGAACCCUUCCGGGAUUCUCCCCAGAAUCCUUCCGGGAUUCUCCUCAGAAUCUUUCUGGGAUUGCUCUCAGAAUCCCUCCGGGAUUCUUCUCAAAAUCCUUCCGGGAUUCUCCCAAGAACCCUUCCGGGAUUCUCCUCAGAAUCCUUCCGGGAAUCUCCCCAGAAUCCUUCCGGGAUUCUCCCAAGAAUCCUUGCGGGAUUCUCCCCCAGAAUCCUCGCGCGAUUCUCCGCAGAAUCCUUGCGGGAUUCUUCCCAGAAUCCUUACGGGAUUCUCCCUACAAGCCUUACGGGAUUCUCCCAAGAAUACUGACGGGCUCUUCCCAGAAUCCUUACAGGUUUCUCCCCAGGAUCCUCACGGGAUUCUCUCCAGAAUCCUUCCGGGAUUCUCCUCAGAAUCCUGUCGGGAUUCUCCUCAGAAUCCUGACGGGAUUCUCCUCAGAAUCAUGACGGGAUUCUCUUCAGAAUCCUGACGGGAUUCUCCUCAGAAUCCUUACGGGAUUCUUUUCAGAAUCCUUACGGGAUUCUUUUCAGAAUCCUUACGGGAUUCCUUUCAGAAUCCUUACGGGAUUCCUUUCAGAAUCCUUACGGGAUUCUCCUCAGCAUCCUUACGGGAUUC